AUGAAAGAGUGUGGUGAUAAGAGACUUCCUGAGCAUUGGUUAGAGAAUUCUCCGCGAUCAGCGCUCUGCACUGCUGUCUAUUUAUCGCACUCUACCAUGUACCUUUUUAUAGACGGUCUUGAUGAAGUUGAAAAUUCAUACUCAGAGGGAUAUCACGAUAUUAAAGACAUGCUCGAGCUUCUUUGCCAGAAGCCCAGGGUAAAAACUUGUGUGUCAAGCCGCCCUCAUCCUAUAUUCGAGAGAGCAUUCAAAGUGUAUCCAAAUCUCCAGCUACAAGACCUCACGUACGAUGAUCUGAAGUAUAUCAUCAAGAGCAAGCUCGAGAACCAAUUCACCAAUUCCGAGGCACAGCCUCAGGAUCUCCAAAUAUUCCAACCACUUGUUGGUCUCAUACUCAACAAAGCAGAAGGUGUCUUUCUCUGGGUCGUUCUCGUAGUAUCGAACAUAUCAAGUGGACUUGACGACUACGAUGACGCGGCAUCGAUCCUUAGUCGCGUAGAAACGCUACCUGAGGGGCUUACUUCCCUUUAUCGACACAUGCGGGACCGUAGUAAUAAGGGAGCCGACGGUCUCCGCAACAAAGGGGCCAGAUUUCUCAAGACGCUUCUCUUCCAGCAGCUUGUACAUUCCAUUGACCUUCGAGACCAGUCAUCAACCCUUCACCACUUCGUGGUUAUGGAUACCUCCAUUCAGCAAGAAUAUCUGGGUGCUGGAACUUAUGCGACAGAACAGCGACUGCUCAAGAGGUGCGUGGGAUUUCGAAAGCAGUUACUGGCUAGAUGUGCGGGCUUGGUUGAAGCCGACAAAAUUGAGGAUGAUAGCAUCGACUGUCUACUGCACGCCCGCGUACGAAUUCUGGCCAUUUCCGUUGAGGUUUUGAUGAGUAGACAAUUUCCCGUGCUUGCGAUUUGGUCAAUCAUCCCAACAUACCUGGAACAUAUCUGUGGGCGGCGCACACAAUUGAUGCUGUAUGAGGAGCACCUGGCCUAUUUAGUUUUUAGCGUCGCGCGGAGGACCCUGAGUCGAAUACUGGGGUGGAGCACAGUUCAUCUUGAUUUCAUGGCUAUAGCUGCCAGCUUCGGCAUCACAAACUAUGUCAAAAUUAACAUCCGAGGAGUACUUGGCCAUCUUUCGAGAACCUGGCGCAACUAG